UUAUAUCUCAUUUACAGCGUGCCGAUUUGGGUAUUACCGAUUUAACCAUGACUUCUGAUCGUGAAAGUGCUGUUGAUUUUACAAUUCCAUUUAUGAAUUUGGGCAUUGCAAUCUUAUUUCGCAAACCAAUGAAGGAGCCCCCAAAACUAUUCUCAUUCAUGUCACCGUUUUCGGGUGAUGUCUGGCUUUGGCUGGGCAUUGCAUACGUGAUGGUGGCACUGAGCAUGUUUGUGCUGGGUCGCAUCUCACCACCUGAAUGGGAUAAUCCGUAUCCUUGUGUUGAGGAGCCUACCGAACUGGAGAACCAAUUUACUUUUAUUAAUUGCUUUUGGUAUGCCAUGGGGACCCUGCUGCAGCAAGGCUCAGAAUUAGCAGCGAAAGGCUUUUCGACAAGAGCAGUUGCCUCUUUUUGGUCCUUCUUCACCCUUAUAUUGGUCUCAUCAUACACCGCCAAUUUGGCCGCUUUCUUAACCAUCGAAUCCCUAAGUACACCCAUUGAAAAUGUUGAAGAUUUGGCGGCAAACAAAGGUGGUGUCAAUUACGGCGCCAAACAUGGUGGAAGUACAUCGACAUUUUUUAAGGACGCCAAAUAUCCUACAUACCAGAAAAUGAAUGAAUUUAUGACAAGCCAUCCGGAAUAUAUGACAUCAACAAAUGCCGAAGGUGUUGAACGUGUCGAGAAAGAGAACUAUGCCUUUCUAAUGGAAUCGACGACCAUUGAAUAUAUUACGGAGCGACGUUGCAGUUUAACGCAGGUCGGUUCGUUAUUGGAUGAAAAAGGAUAUGGCAUUGCAAUGCGUAAAAAUUGGCCCUAUCGUAACAUUCUCAGUCAAGCGGUUUUGGAGCUGCAGGAACAAGGCGUAUUGGCCAAAAUGAAAACAAAAUGGUGGAAAGAGAAACGUGGCGGUGGUGCUUGUGCGGCUGGUACAUCGGAAAGCGGAGCUGUGGCCUUGGAAUUUAGCAAUUUGGGUGGUGUUUUCUUGGUAACAAUUGUGGGCUGUGUAUUUGGCAUAUUCGUAUCCGUUUUGGAAAUGUUAAUUGGCGUGAAACAGCGUUGUGACGAAAAUAAGGUAUUGUCAAAGGCAAAG